UUACUAAGCGCCAUUGUUGGACGGAUUGACUAUUUUCUAAAAAUACCUCAAAAAGAACUAAUAAUAAACAUUAAACGAGAGUUUUUAGUGUAAGUGGUAAAGAAUCAGAAAAUUAGUGCAAUAGUGCGGUGAAUUUUUCGUUUGACUUGAGUGCGAAAAACAAUAGAAAAAGACUAGUCAAUGUCAGCAGGCGUGUCAGAUCAGCGGAUGAAAGGACAGGGAAAUCAAGUGUCCAAUGGCCCUAAAGAACAGCUAGGAGCGGGUGAAGGCGCUAGCGGCUCAGAGGAAUUCGAACCAUGGAGGUCUCAGCAGCAGAAUUCAGCCGCUCACACAGCCUAUCCAUCAGUCCCCAUUUCAAGUGCGACAGAUUUGUACAAUAUGAGCACGGCAGGAUAUUACGGGAGCGGAGGAACUUAUCCAUAUCAAGCGUACGGUGUAGGCGACGGGACAUGGUCGAACGGUACAGAUCCGAUGACGUUUUUGAGCGGCUAUCCACACGAUUCAUAUUCGAUGGACGGAAUGUUCGGUCCAUCGACCACUUUUUCCACCCCAACGGCUUUUGGACAACCGUCGUCCUUCAACUACUUCACAGCACACAGCAACGGCGACUACAGCACGUGGGGAAGCCAAUUGGGAGGACAACGCAAGUACGAGGACUACUACAGGGACCCCUCAAACAUGUACACGCAGGCAGUGCCAGAUUCGAUAAAAAGCGUCGAGCAGGCCAUGCAAAUACUAGACAUAAAAUCAUCGUCGGAAUCGUCUAAAGAGCCACUCGGUCAAGCAAAGAAAACGACUUGGGCGAGCAUCGCCAGCCAACCGGCCAAACCCCAACUGACCGUACAGAAUCAAGGACUGAAAAAGAAAGGUCCAGGUAUGCCACCGGGUCCAAUUGUGCCCGGUAAACAUAACAUGGACAUAGGAACGUGGGAUACGAACAAAAGUACGCCACCGCAAUUGCCCAUUGUUAAUAAUACGGCACCGAAAACUAUUGCACCGGCUAUGAGUGUACGGCCCGGCUGGAACGGUCCUCCAACGACACGGCCGGCACCUCCAAGUGCCCCACGACCUGGACCUCCACAACAUCCCAUGCAGUCGUAUCAGCCCCAGGCGAUGAUGCAACCGCAUUUGCCGCCGCCGGUGAGCAUGCCCAACAUGCACACAGGUUUGAUGCCGGCGCCUGGCGCCCCCAUGCCAAUGCUGGUGACGCAGCAGGCGCCGACACAUCCUGUCCUGGACGAACUCCGUGGUAAGAACAACUACAAUCCUUCCGAGUUCGAUUUAACGGCACCAAAUGCUCGUUUCUUCGUGAUAAAAUCGUAUUCGGAGGACGACAUCCACAGGAGUAUCAAGUACGAGAUCUGGUGCAGCACCGAACACGGCAACAAAAGACUGGAUCAAGCGUAUCGCGAACGCGAAGCACACGGUGCCGUCUAUUUGUUCUUUUCUGUGAACGGUUCGGGACAUUUCUGUGGCAUGGCACAGAUGGUGUCACCUGUGGACUACAACGCGAACAGCUCAGUGUGGUCACAGGACAAGUGGAAGGGUCAGUUCAAAGUGCGUUGGAUCUACGUUAAGGACGUUCCGAAUGUGCAACUACGUCAUAUCCGUUUAGAAAACAACGAGAAUAAGCCGGUGACGAACUCGAGAGAUACGCAAGAGGUACCGCACGCGAAAGGAUUGCAAGUGUUGAGGAUUAUGCAUUCGUAUAGGCAUUCAACGUCGAUUUUUGAUGAUUUCGUUCACUAUGAAAAACGACAAGAGGAGGAGGAUAGUAGAAAACAACCGCACAAGGAUAAUCACGACAUGUCAGGACAUGGGAACAGGGAUCACAAGGAAAGAGGGGAGCACAGAGGCGGUAGGAACCACGAUAGGGAGCAGGAUAAUAGAGAUAAUCACAGACAAGGGGGCCAUCGGAACAAUGACCAUCACGGAGGACAUCAUAAAGACCGCGGCGACAACAAUCGGGGUCGUGGAGGCCGAGGCGGACGCAAUUAAACAAAAAAAAAAAUCGAUGAUAAUAUAAAAGAAUAAAGAAAAAAAUAACACAUUGUUAUGGCUGCUCUUUACUGUAGUGUUAUAAUCUAUUACUAGCUUGUUAUUUCAUAUACUUCACAUAGACGGUAUUCAGAUUAGUUAAUCCGUACUGAUGGUUUCUGCAUUGCUCUAGUUUAGACGCCCCCUCCCCUCCCAGUUAAUUUUUCUACAUACAGUUGUUACGAUAAUAAUUUGCUUAUAUCAUGUUGCUUUCAAUGAGAUAAUAACGACCGGUUGAGUUAAUUGAUGUGUAUUUGCCUAAGAAAAAAGUUUCAGUGAAUCAUCUGGGUCUAUGUGGUGUUGCUAUUUUAAAGAAAAACCAAAAAAAUCCAUAAAAAAAUUUCCAAUUAAUUUCUUCAUGUGGGUUUGAAUUGAAUUUUUAAAUAUCGACUUUAACUAAAAAGGUAUAUGGAUUCUAGUAAUAUAGUUGUAUAAAUAAAAGAAUAACAAACUAGUGGCCCCCACUCUUCGGAUCGGGCUGAAAAGCAAUCAAAAAGAAAAUAUAAAAGUAUAGUAGUGCAGUGCUCAUUUGAUUUUACUGUCGAGUGGACUUUUUAAUAAAUUAAAUUGUAAUAUAUAAUAGAAGAACGUUGCGAGGUAGUUGAAUUAAUUAAAAGUGUUGAUUUAUCCCGGACUAAUUUUGAAAAUCAGCUGCGAGUCGUGCCGAAUAUCCACGAAGAAGAAAUUUUAAAACCAACUAUCCGAACACUCUGAAGCUGUGAAAGUGAUAACAGGACAAAUAAACAAAUUGGCUAAAGUUUCGUUUCAUGACGGACAGUGUGACAAGUUUGUUUGUAUAUGUUACAGUUUUACUGAUGUUUUUCAAUUUUGUAAUAAUCUUGUAGGAAAUGAACUAUGUGCAGUUUUUAUUAAGAUAUUUGUUAAAAAAAUGAAUAGUUUAAAGCGAGGCUGGAAAACCCGCAAAUGCUAUGUUUAGACUUAGAAAUCUCGAAUGCGUUCAUCUCACCAGAUUUUGUAAAUAUUGAUUAAAUGUAUAUUUAGGGACAAUAUUGUGUUUUUGUAGGUGCUACUACUUUAUAUAUACAAAACCAGCCACAUUUCUCACCAUUUCUUUGUAAUAAGAUGAACAUAGCAUUUGGUUUUCGUUGUCUUUUUGUACACUGUGCCUAAUAUAUUAGACUGAUGCACUGAGUGCAUUGUGAUUGUAAAAUAUUGAUUGAUUGUGUGAUCCGAACAGUGGGCAUCCUCUGUUGAUAGCUACAUCAAUAAAAGAAACAUCAAUUAUGA